AUGGAGAAGAUGGAGAGGAGGAGGAAGAGGAAGGUGAAGGUGUGGUCGUUGCCGAGGAAGAACUUUGGCCUCGGUCUGGCGGCGAUCUCGUACGUGUGCGUGGACUACCUGAGGGAGGUCUCCCCAUGGUGGCACUCGUGGCUGCAGCCGGCGCUGUGGGCCGCGCUGGCGCUCGCGUCCCUCGCUCGGGCCCCGUUCUACAAGCACUGGUCUCUUGAGAUGCGUGCUGCGAUCCCCUUCGUCGCCUCCAUGGUCUUCAUGCUAGCCGCGCUCCUGUGCGAGGCUCUGUCUGUUCGAUUCGUCACAGCCGUCCUCGGGCUCGACUGGCACAAGUAAGUCAGGAUCCAAUACACUCCUUCUAUUUUACGAUUCAUGUUCGUUCGGAUCAGAGGAUAUCGAUUCCAUUGCCAAUUUUUUCUUUGCUUCUGUCCCGAAAUGUGGGUAAUCAUCUUUCAAAGAUCGGGGAAGGCAAUGUGUUUGGAACUGAACCUAGCUCAUUCAUGGCACAGUGCGGGCAAUAAAUUUCGACAGUAUCGUGAUUUAAACCGUUUUGAAUCCACGAUUUGGUAACCUUCUGGAAGCGGUCGGAUUCUCCUGGGAACGUCGAGUUUAUCUGCAUCUUUUCCGUAGCUGAAUCCCUUGGAUCUCAGUGAUUGAAGGAAACCUUCCCUCAUAUCUGCGAUGUGUCGGUCCUUCCACCUUGUAAUGUGCUGAAGCUUUGAUUCUAGGCGGUGUGAUGAAAAGGGCGUCCUUCUGGCCUGUGUUAGUCACUCCAUCUUCAUGUUUUUGAGUUUCCCGAGCUAGCCACAUCCGAUUCGUAUUAUAUUUUCACGGUCUUAAAUUACAUGUAAAUUAAACAUUUUUAGAUGUAAAUGAAACUUAUUUUUCGAGGUAGUCGCGUCUCCAUGGUCUUGAGCAAAGUGAUCACUGAACACAAUGGACGGACAAAGGCGAUCUGAUAUCGUUGAGAGCAUUUUGUUUUACGCUGUGAUGGUGUGGGAUUUGAUAGAAAAAAUGUAAGCAUCGGGGAAACUGAAAAGUAGCCUGGCCUUGAAGCUGUUAGCUUUCAUGGUCUGCUUCAGUUGAAUCAUCGAAAUUAUCAUGGGGUAACUGCAUCAUAGUAUGCCCCCAGUUAAUUCAAUGAAGAUGGGUUCACUGAUUAUAGUCAACGCGAGAAUGAUGGGUUUGAUUUGUGUUGAAGGUAAACGGGGUGAGAUGAGGAGAACCCUACUGAGAAUGGCCUAUGGACAUCACCCCAGUUCAUUCCAAUGAAUUGGGGCUCUUGGGUGCACCAUGUAUUGUCAUAUUAUAUUAAAAAAAAUGCACAGUUCCAUCUGUUCCUCGCUCUUUCCACCUUGGUUCUUUCAUUUUUCCUCGCCUUGUUGCAGUCUCUUCACACUAAUGAUUGCCAUCGACGCCAACUAGUGUUCGAUUCGAUUCGAUUUGAUUUUUUCUUUUCUUCAUUUCUUACCUCACCAACUUGCGAAGGGUCUUCUUUGAGGUUUUUUUCAAAGCAGAUUAUACCGCGUCACGCACUGAAUAUGUGGUGACCAUGAAAGUCAGCGUCUUCGUGGGGCUGUUCUGUUCCCAUCCAUUUUUAUCAUCGAUUUCCAAGAUAAUUCUGUGUAGGCCCAUGAAAUUAAACAGUAAGUUAUGAUAACCCUUACUGUGGAGAGAAAACUUUCAUCAUGUUCACAAAUCUAACCCCUUACUGUGGUUUAAAAUCGCAUUUGAAUCCCAAGAUCUUCAUCAGCUCGCAUUUCUGUGCCUCCAUCCACAGAACAAGGGAAUGGAUCGAUCACCUGUAUACAAAAUCCGCUGCCAGUGGAUGCAUCUGGCUUCUUCCAUUAACUUUUCUCCAAUCUCUGGGUUUUGUGGGGGGGACCCUUCUUGUUCUUCCCUCCCUCUCUAUCAUCCCAUUUCUUUCUCGCAGUUAAAACAAUGAGUGUUGACUUUUAUUGAUGUUUAUUUUAAGUCGCAAGUUGAGAAUUUUCCUCGGUGAUCAGAUUCCUGUUUCUAUGGACAGCUCCACUCCUCCUCUUCCCGACACUGGGCAGUGGCUGCUGCUGGCCCUGAACGAGAGGCUCCCACCGUGGGUCGUCGAAGUUCUGAGGGCCCACAUCAUCGGCCUCCACCACUACCUGAUGCUGUUCAUGAUGCUGGCCUUCUCCGUCCUGUUCGACUCCGUCAAAGCCCCCGGCCUUGGUCUUGGGGCCAGGUACAUGUUCACCAUGGCCGUCGGCCGUCUCCUCCGCGCCGCCACCUUUGUCUCCACCAUCCUCCCCUCUCUCCGGCCAUGGUGCGCCGCCACCCGCUUCCCCGUUCCCCUCCACCCUCACCCCUGGGCCCAGAAAUACUACCUCCCCUUCUCCUCCUCCUCCGACGCCAUCCGCCGCCUCAUCCAGACCGACAAGCUCGCCGGUAAGUACCCAUCUCUUCUCUUCUCUUCUCCUCAGGUGAUGUCGCCGUCAGUUUGACGGUGUGUUUUUCUCCUUGUUUCAGCCGGCGGCGGCAGCGGAGGAGCCGUCUUCCCCGGCGAGCACCGGCCGGAUUGGGGGAGGAUGAGCUUCCUGGUGGGGAUUCUGAGGCCCACCGCCUCGGAGGGUCCUUCCUGGUACCAUCUGCUGAAGAAGGCCGGCGGCGGCUGCAACGACCUGCUCUACAGCGGCCACAUGCUCGUCGCCGUCCUCACCGCGAUGGCCUGGCAGGUGGGUACUCUCUUUCUCUCUUCUCCGGCGGUGGUGGCGGCGGCGGCGGCCUUCUCGUGGUUUCUGAGCUCGCCGGGGGGAAAUGUUUGGUGGCAGGAAGCUUACGGCGGGGGGACGAGCGCCGUGAUCUGGCUGCUGGUGCUGCACAGCGCGCAGAGGGAGGUCCGCGAGCGGCACCACUACUCCGCCGACUGCGUGGUGGCGGUGUACGUCGGCGUGCUGCUGUGGCGGCAGACGGCGUUCCUCUGGUCGGCGAGCGGCGCCGCUCGCCGUCUGAAGAAGAUGGAGGAGGUGCGAGGGAGGCUGGUGAGGGCUGCCAAAGACUCGGACAUGAACGAGGUGAAGGCGCUUCUCGAGGAGGUGGAGCUCGCCGGAGAGGAGGACCGUCGGCGGGGGUUCUCUCAGCGGGCUCUCAUGGCCUUCGGGGGCUUGACUGUCGUCUUCGCUCUGUCCUGCGUCCUCCUCGCCUUCUCUCUGACCAACGACGGUUGA